AUGGAUUCACACAAUUAUUCUAAUUUCUUCAAUGUGACCAGUGAAGUUGCAUUAUCCUUUGUGGUUCUGCAACCAAUUUAUUUUUUUUUCGGAUUUAUUGGAAAUGGAGCGGUAUGUGUUAGUUUAUUAAGGAAAUGGAAAAAAUUGCAAGUCAACGACUACUUUGUGAUUAACUUGGCACUUUCUGAUGGUCUAAGUAUUAUUGGAAGUAUGAUAUCGUAUUUUCCGUCGUUUAUUCGGAUUUAUAUCAACGAUAUUCCAGUUUAUCAAACAGAUUCUAUUAGUUGUAGAUUUAAUGGGGGCAUUAUCAUUUACUGUGCUCUUGUUAGCAUCUAUUCAAUGAUGUUUUUGGCUGUGAUACGCUAUUUAAAAAUCGUAAGGUCGCAAAUUUCAUAUCGAUUAAUUAAAGGAAAGAGAUUCGUUUUUACUUUCUGGGUUAUUAACUGGGUAUUUCCAUUAAUUGUCGUUGUACCUCCUGUUAUUGGCUUUUGGAUAUCCUAUUUUCCGUUCUUAGUUGCCAUGACUUUAAGUUGUUUUUAUUCAAAUCCGCUACUAGAUAAAUUAUUAGUGUUAACAAUUUCUGUUACUUAUACUAGCAGUUUGGUUAAUCCUAUUAUAUUUUUAAUUAACAAUAGUCGUGUUCAAAAGCGUAUUUCAGGGAUUAUGGGUAAGUGGAGGACUGCUCCGUCUGGAUAA